AUGCCUGACAAUGAGCCAAAAGACGAGCGCGAGCGGCGGGCAUCGAAAGUCGACGAGACAGAGACGAAGCUAGAAGCGGCUGGGAUCGUGAAGCCGCCGGAUGGUGGUUAUGGAUGGGUCGUGGUGGCGGCGUCAUUUAUCGCAAACAUGAUCGUUGACGGGAUCAUCUUCACCGUCGGCGAGUCGUGUCUGAAGCUGUGGAAGGCGGACUUUGCGAGCUCGGACACGGCGGCCGCUUUCACCACCUCACUGCUCUCGGGCAGCUAUUUGCUCGUCGGCCCCCUCGCCUCAGCCCUUGCCAACAAUUAUGGUUGUCGUGCGGUCACAAUCCUCGGCGCUUUCAUCUCCUUUUUUGGUUUCAUGGCCUCAACUCUUGUACCGCAGAUCUUUCUCUUGUACAUCACUUUUGGAGUGAUUGGAGGCGUCGGCUUCGGUUUGGUCUAUCUGCCGGCGAUCGUCAUCGUCCCACAAUACUUCGACAAUAAGCGAGCCUUAGCGGUUGGGUUGGCCGUUUGCGGGUCGGGCAUUGGCACCUCGCUAUUCGCUUUGCUGAACCCAAUCGUGAUGACCCUUGUCAACAAUCAGUGGCGCUACUUCAUCGUCUUCAUCGCCUUCUCGUCGCUGAUCUCCGUUCUGGCCGGUUUAUUCUUCAAACCCGUGCAAGCAACCGAGAAACAAGUGGAAGAGGUGACCAAGCUCGCCGAAGAGUACGAAAAAGAGAAGGAGCCAGCCGAGGGUUUGCGCGGCGAGCGGAACAAUUUCGAUCCUAAUCGACCCUUUUUGUCGACGCUUGAGCUGAACGCUGAGAAGACCCAGCAAAAAGACGUCUGGUCUCAGCACGAUCUGGCGACGGAGGUGGCCCGGGAAUCAGUUACUGAUUUGAAUCGACCACUCUCGAAACAAGACGUUUUCUAUCCCGGGUCCACAUCGAGUCUCCAUCAGAGAACGAGGACAAGAUCGGACGCCUCAUCGCACAAAUCCAAUCCCUCGGCAGCCGACCGCGAGGCAUUCAUCAAGCCGGAUGAGGUGCACCAAUCGUCGCAUCACAUCUCGACAGUCGGGCUGCCAGCUGCGGCUGAACCGCUUCCCCCGUCAGGCCCAAGGAGAUGGCUGUGCGCUGUUGGACGGGCUUUCGGCGGUCUGGUCGACCGUCAGCUCCUCAAAUUGCCUACUUUCGUGAUCCUCGCCAUUUCCGGUUUCCUCACGCUCACCUGCUUCUAUGUGCCCUUCGCGUAUUUGGGAAGACAUCUGGAGAAAAUCGAGGGUCUCACCGAUUUCUGGAAAUCUUUCCCCCUGCAAUUGCUCGGCGUCAUCAACAUCGUUUUUCGGAUACUUUGCGGAAAAAUCUCGGACAGCCCGAAGGUUGAUUCGUUGUGGGUGUCGAAUGCGGGUUUGAUUCUAGCCGGUUUGGCGACAAUGGCCGUCCCACUCUUCACCCAGUAUUGGCAUUUCAUCGCUUUCUGUUUCCCGUUCGCUUUUGGCGUUGCGUGCUUCGCGGCACUCCGUUCCGUCAUUUGCGUUGAUUUGUGGGGUUUGGAGAAGUUGUCAUCGGCUUUCGGCACACUUUUGCUAUUUAUGGGAGUCGGCGCACUGGUCGGAUCGCCGAUUGCUGCGUCCAUCAAGGACUGGUCGGGCAAUUUCGACAUAUCGUUCUACGUGAUGGGCGUCUUGAUGACUUUAUCGGGUCUCAUCUGCAUCCCAUUGCGAAAGUUGCGAGCGUGGGAACUGCAAAAGUACGGCGAGGAGACGGCGAAAACCGUCGAAUUGCAGCCGCUGAAGAGUUCAGCU